AUGGCAGAACCGGUAGUGAGUGCGCUCAUGCGCAUCUCGAUUCUCGGGCAGACGCUUGAGCUUGACGUUUUAGAAUUCGAAUUCAGCACUGUUGUUCGCUCGACGACUGGCAAGCUGGGCUUCAAUCGCAUGAGUCUCCAGGAUCUGCACGGCUUGCAGCAGGAUCACGCGUUGAGGCAACAGUCUACACACAGGGGCGCUGACUUCGAGGAAGGUCAAGUCCCAGACAGCGGGCAAUACUACACUACCAGAAGGGACUACAUCGAGGCAUUCGGGCAGUGGACGGAGCGUUUCCCGUCAAACCGAAUCCAUUACCACGAGGGCGCCCAGCCAUCGUCCGUCUACAACUGGGAACUCGGAGUCCAUAUCCCUUGUUUGAUUAUGGAGGGUCUCAUGGCUACUCAGCAGUUCGAGCUGGCCUUGAAGGUAGCCAGGCAGAUAUACGAUCCUCGCAAGACCUGCCUGUCAAUGCAUGCUGGUCCUUCCAGGGAAAACUGGAUGAUGCAUGGUUGCUUAUAUCCUACGCAGUUACGGGCCCGGUUUGAGACUUGCCUUGUGCUUGGACCAUCUUAA